GCUCCAGCAACAGCAGCAGCGGCAGCAGGUCUGUGGUGGUGGGUUGGGGGGUGGGGGUUUGUGGAGAACCCUAGAGAGAUACGACCAAAUAACGGUACACUUAAACAUACAUGGAGCCCGCCGACCCCGCAUUUAAAUUGUCCCGCAUCCAACCCGCGUCCUGUGAUGUUUUCAUGUGAGCAGACGGACGCGGUGAGCGCUUUUUAAGGACUGAAGAAGACCGGCGGUCCACCAUUGUGUGCGCAGAAAUAAGAAGAAUGGCCUGGAUGUGGAAGGAUAAUAAUGAUCCAGAGGAUUUUUGCGAAUUAACCCAGAAACGGUUCACCAGAGACUAAAUCAACCCUCUUCUGAAGGACAUCUCUUCCCAGAUCUUAACUCUUUAGAAAACCUGCAGGAGGAAGUCACUUAUUGCCACCAGUCUGAUUGUGGCUGUAUCCCUCUUUGUGGUUGUGAUGAAUUUCUCAGAGAAGCCGUACUUCCUCCUGCAGCCUGUGUUUGGCCAGACGUUCAGCACCCACUGGAUGUUCUCCAAGCAGUCAUACAAGGCUUUCAAGCCUCAUCUUGGCUAUGUCAGCAUCCCAAAACAGGAGCCCCUGAAGCUGAACUGUGAGCUGUGUAGCAUCGUGUCCAGCUCAGGUCAGAUGUUGGGCCAGGCUGCCGGCACACAGAUUGACCACUCUCCCUGCAUCUGGCGCAUGAACAACGCUCCCACGCGAGGAUUCGAAAACGACGUCGGGCAACGGACCACCCUGAGGGUCGUCUCACACACCAGCGUACCCCUCCUGCUGCAGAAGCCGCACCACUUCUUCGGCCAAGGCAAUGACACCGUCUACGUUGUGUGGGGGCCGCUGCGGAACAUGAGGAAGGACGGAAAGGGCAUCGUUUACAACAUGUUGCGACAAGUGUCGCAGAACUACCCCAACGCUCGUAUCUACAUCACCACAGAGGACAGGAUGAACUAUUGUGACAUGGUGUUCAAGAAGGAGACAGGAAAAGACAGGAUUCAGUCCGGCUCCUACCUGAGCACCGGCUGGUUCACACUCAUUCUUGCCAUGGACAUGUGCAAGGAGAUCCAAAUCUACGGCAUGAUAAAUGACACCUACUGCAAGACUGAGGGCUACAGGAGGGUUCCCUACCACUACUACGAGGCGGGCAGUCGGGACGAGUGUGCAGAGUACCACCUUCACGAGAGCGCCCCCUACGGCGGACACCGCUUCAUCACAGAGAAGUCCGUUUUCGCCAAGUGGGCCAAGACUCACUCCAUCAAGUUCUUCAGCCCUCCGUGGCAGCUGUCGUGACCACGGCUGAGCCUGAGCAUGGGAAAACCCACAUCACCUGCAUCCAGAGACCAAACAAACCUCUGCAGGGACUCAAACAAACACACACAUCAGUUUUAAGCUCAGAUUUCACUCCAUAUCUGUCCAUUUUGUUCUCGUUUAACCUUCAGAAUUAAGGAAAUCUGAAGACUAAACGCAGACAGCAUUUUUCAUACCUUUGGCUUCUUGAAUUGUACGUUUUCAGCAGAUGAAUGUGGAAAGCUUCCUGCUCUGCACUGGCAGAUCAAUCCAUCUGCGGCUCUGUGAGUCCAGCAAAGAACGCCUCGAGCUUCAACAAAAGAGAGGAAAAGACGUUAUCUUGUGUUAACUCAUGCUGAACAUGGGAAGAUCUCCAACCAGACGAGUUGCGUUGGUUUGAACAUUUCAUCAGCUUUUCUGCUGUUUCCUCUGAGAUUUCCUCUCCUGUCAAGUCAUAAUUAAUCUGUAACAAGUUUUGUUCAGACCUUCAUCUUUGGAAGAGGGAGUACUGAAGGCAGAAUGCUUUGUCAGUUUCAAUUUGAUCUAAUUCGUUGUUAAAUAGAAAAUAAACUCUUCGGCAAACAAGGUUUUUUGACAAAGAGAUUUGAAGUGAUCAGGUAAACCCAGAGAUGUAAAUCAGCUUCUUUGUGCUUCAACUUAAAGAUGUCAGCUCUUUUUUCUUGUUAUGAUCCAGUGAAACUGAAUUUCAGUAACUCUUUGUGAUUUUGGUUUUGUCUGUGGAGGGUUUGCUGAUUUACUGUGCCAAUGACGAUGUGAGCAGCACAACACAGAGAGCGAGGUGCAAUUAGAAAAUCCAUCUCUCUGGAAGGAAUCUGUGGCCCUACAGAGGAGGAGAUUUAUGUGUGCAGUGAAACCAUUUGAAGUUAAUUGUAUCCCAUUAUCAUUUUGUGCCUGCAAUAUACUUUGCAGUUCAUUGUAUAGACAAAGAAGAAGAUGCAUUCGCUCUCUUCCUCUCUUCUUCUCAUGCAGCUUUGUGCCUCUUUGUGUAACGCAUCGCCAUGCAGACUUUGUCCCAUUUGUCUCUGGGUGCAGCGUGCAUGUCUCCCACUCAGCAACGUCUCAUUUGAAUAUAUCUGUUACAGGAGGGUGAAGAAUAACCUAUGAGCUUCUGCUUCUGGGACUUAUGGGACCAGUGUGGACAACUAAAAAGAGUCAAAGACUUCUAAUUUAGGCAACUCAAUGCACGAAGGCUCUGAGGGCAGUGAGUAACAGCUGAGGUUUCUCUGCAACUCCUGCUGGCUGCGAUGCAAGCAGACGGAGGAUUGUUGUGGUUUGCAGAUCAGCUAUAGUCAUGUGCAAACUGGGCCAAACGUGGGCAUGAAAAACAAUAAUUUAAUGACACAAAACAUGUUCCUUUAGCUAAUCUGUUGCUCAUCCUUUCAGAGCUUCUGGACAGAAAUAAUGUUGCAAGAUGUCUCUUCACUAACAGAGGCCAAAAUGCCACAACAGUUAGUGUACUGGUAAAGCUCGAGACAUCUGAAUAUUGUUAAAAAAUUUAAUAGUUUUGUUUAUUAGGGAUAAUCACCAAAUUACAAGAAAUAAAGGCUUUUGUUGUAUCUGUAAUGAAUCUAUACCAUAUAUAGGUUUCACUUUGUGAAAUGAAUGACAACAAAUAUAAAUUUAUUUUCACAAUAUUCAAAUUUUUUAGCUGCACUUGUAAAAAUAAUUCCUCCAUUGUCUAAAGGCUUAUGAAUAAUAUAAAUAAUUUUAAAUGUGAGAAAAAAACAAGCAGCUAAACAAUUAUCCACAGUAAGAAGUGCAAAGGAUUUGGUUAGGCCAUGAAAUAUCUGCUUCUCCACAAACAUAUAAUAUAGAUUAAUAAAAAAAAUCAUUUAAUAGAUUUUUUUUUAGGAUGGAGCAACUUGUCCAGGGUGCACCCCACAAAUCGCCUGUAGACCUCUGGCAGCAGCUCCCUCGCGACCCUGUUCGAAAGAAGUAGAUAUAGAAAAUGGAUGGAUGGAUUAAAACAUGUAACAUCCAUGAAUAGAACCUAAUAAUUUCCAUGCAGAUAGAACCACAAAAAUAAUCACAGAAAUCCACAAACAAAGUGGAAUUUACUGAGUAAAAUUUGUUAGUUUAUGAAUGUGACCUAAUGAGUCUGGGUUGUGUUUUUCAACAUUAACAUUGAUCUUCAGCAAAAGGUGAGACUGUAUUGUUCGCUGCAGCUUCCAGUUUGUCCGUGUGACUUGACCUGCCCAGCUGAAGCUGAGGCCGAACAAGAGAGACCUGAUAAUGAAUUAAAAUAUAAGGCAAA